AUGGCUAAAGAUGCUGGUCUCAUUGAAACCAAUGGAGAACUAAAGGUUUUUAUACAGAAUCAGAAUCUGAGUCCUAGUAAAGGUGUCCUCUCAUUGGUUACUGUUCAACCCACAGCUACCCCUAUUGCCAAACAAUUAUUACCUAAAACACUUGGGCCAUCAAAUGUAAACAUUGCUGCACAUAUGCAACAUAUACCACACAUGGUUAUCGGAACACCACAGAGGCCAACUGUAUCCAAUACAAUAUUGGUAAAUAGUCCACAUACUCCCAGUUCUCAGUUCCUUACACAGAGCCAACCACCAGAUGCCUCUCCUUGGUCAUCUGGUAAACGUGGCAAGAAAGGGGAGAAGAAUGGUAAAGGCCUGAGGCACUUCUCAAUGAAAGUCUGCGAAAAAGUACAGAAGAAAGGAGUCACUACCUACAAUGAAGUGGCCGAUGAACUUGUUGCAGAAUUCAGCUCUGCUGCUGACAACCACAUGUCGCCCAAUGAUGCUCAUGUGUAUGACCAAAAAAACAUUCGGCGGCGUGUGUAUGAUGCUCUCAAUGUGCUGAUGGCCAUGAACAUCAUCUCUAAAGAAAAGAAAGAAAUUAAAUGGAUUGGUUUGCCUACCAACUCUGCUCAGGAGUGCCAAAACCUUGAGGUCGAAAGACAAAGGAGGCUGGAAAGGAUUAAGCAGAAACAGUCACAGCUUCAGGAGCUUAUUCUACAGCAAAUAGCCUUCAAGAACUUGGUGCAACGGAACAGACAGACUGAACAACAGGCAAAUAGGCCUCCACCUCCAAACUCAAUCAUACAUCUUCCAUUUAUUAUUGUCAAUACCAGCAAAAAGACUGUGAUUGACUGUAGCAUCUCCAAUGACAAGUUUGAGUAUUUGUUCAACUUUGAUAGCAUGUUUGAAAUCCAUGAUGACAUUGAGGUGUUGAAGCGCAUGAAUAUGGCUUGUGGCUUGGAGGUUGGAAAAUGUUCUCCAGAGGACUUGAAGGUUGCACGCAGUUUGGUGCCAAAAGCCCUGGAGCCUUAUGUUAUUGAGAUGGCCAAGGGUCCCAUCACUAAUGUUUACAUGACUGGAUCUUCUGCUAACGGAGCCAAAUACCAUGCUGCCAGUGAUGGUUUUACUGAUGGCACCAUGGCUUCCAGCUCCAACGACUCUCACUACAGCGGCUCACGUGUGGAGACUCCGGUGUCUUAUAUGGGGGAUGAUGAUGAUGAGGAUGAGUAUGACGAAAACGAUGAUGAAGACUAG